AUGAUAAAAUCAUCGACGUUCUCAGGAAUUGUGCGGGUUGACGCAAAGGCAACAAGACAUUCAGAUGGCCUUGAUGUGUGGCACAUGGAAGUUUCCGGUCCCUCAGAUAAUGCCUCCGACAAACUAUAUGCCUUAAACAUGCUUCCCGACGGACGUUUUCUUGCAACUGAGCUAGCUUCCGUUGUCAUUCCAUUCAGUUUCAAUGGUAGAAGUCAGUAUAUAUCUAUACUAAGAAUGAUGACAAUAUUCCACGAAGAGAUCGAAAAGCAAGAAACGUUAAUGGAAGAGAUCAAUAGUUGUGUUCUUAGGUCAAAAGGAACAACUGUCCGUCAA